UGGGGCUGUUGCUCAUAGGGAGCUUGUAGUGCUCAAAUCUAGCUCAGAAGUAAUUUCUUGUGUGUGCUAACAGAGCAUGAGCAAGGCUGGCUCCUGGCACAGCACUAUGAUGCAUGCAGCCAUGCCCAGGGUGAAACAGAGCCCUUCGUGUUUAAAGCUCACUGCACUGGGCUGGCACCAUGAAUUUGCCCAUGGAAGCUUGUGCUUGGAGCCGUCCUGCCAUGUUCCUCACCCCUCUUUCCCAUAGCCUGCAGCCCUAGGUACAACCAAGGCAGAGUUUUGCAUUAUGAAUGCACAAAACCUGGAAUUUAAAUGGGAGAAGAGAGGAGUGGGAGAGGACUGGGAGAGGAGAGAAGAGGAGCCCACUCCACUCUUGCUCCUCCCCACCCAAAGCAUUCCAGCCUUUCCUUUCCUGCCACUUGAGAGGGGGGUUGUUUAUUGACAUUAUGCAAGUGCUGAAAUAUUUUUCCUUUUGCUUCUCUCCCGUCUUUUCUUCCUCCUCCCCCCUCCCUCCUCUGGGGGUUGCAAAGGUAGUUCAAACCCCUCCAGUCAUCUCGGCUUAUCAGCCGAGGGAGAUGCAUUCCUCAGGGCUGCUCCCUUUAUAAGCCGCUGCUGGCCGCCCGCCCGCCGCUCCGCAGCCCUCGCCAGGAACCCAGCUCCGCUCCCGGCCAUGCCCUAGCCCGGACCCCCGACGGGACUCUCUGCACCCCGGUGACGAUGCCUCCACCCCCGGCCCCGUCCCGGCGCUGAGGCCGGCGGCAUGUUCAGCUGGCACCGGAGCUUCGCGCUGGCAGCGCCCUGGAGGCGAGGUGAGCCCGGCCGCCCCCCGCGGCACACCCCCGGCCCCGCUCCUCCCUCCCGGCCGGGGCCGCCCGGGCGGUGCCCGGCCCGCUGCGGGCAGCACGGCGCUGCCCGUCCCGCCGCCGGCCCGAUGCUGCGCUCGCUGCUCUCCGGCUGCCUCUGUCCCCACGCAGGUAAGAAGACCCCACCUGCUGAGGACAAAGUAGUGCUAACACACAUGAAGAUACUGAGCAACGAAGGAAUUCAGAACCCAGCGCUAACACCAGAGGCUCCCACUGAUGCUGCCUGCACCGAAGAGCCCCAUCUCCCCAGUGCCAGCCUCCCCCAGGACUGCCAGGGAACUCCCAAUGCUGCGGUCCCAGCAGCAGACCCAGAUUGUGCAGAUGCCCCGGCAGGCACAGACUAUGUAGCCACACUGCCUGACCUCAGCACCUUCGAGUCCAAGUGCCAACUUCACAGAUUCUCCAAAUUUGAAUCUGAGGACUCAGGGGUGGAAUUGCCAAGCGGGGCUAAUUCUCCAUCGACGCCAACAGGUUCAGAGAAGAGCUUUGUGCUACACAACAGAGACUCAUUUUGUGACUCGGGUGUGCUUAGCACCUCUUCUUCUCCAGAAAUUGACCACCUGGUAAUGAGAACGUGUAAAGAACGUGCCAGAAAAGUCAGCCACCAAGGUCCAGAGAGCAAAAAGCAAGCUGAGUACUACAGCCAGGAAUCUGAUGCUGUGCAGGUUCCCACAGCUCCCCUUGACACCUUCAGUGUCCCUCAGGAAGGAGAAAAUCCCAAUGAACAUUUUGAUCAGAGCGAAAGGCAAUCUCUGGAAAAGGAACCUGCACCAGAGAUGGACCUACCCAGGGAAAGUACUCUUUCUGCCCCAGAUCCUGUAGAAGAGCCAAAGACAAUUGCUGACAAUUACCCUGAGACCUUUGGCAGCAUGCAAGACAUUCAGAUCCCUGGGCACCCCCUGAAGAAGUACCCCACAAGUGACAGCCUGGAUGAAUACAUGGAUGAAUGCUGUAGACUGAGUGAGGUGAAUCAAGGGAACAGCAAAGCCCUGGGAUCGGGCCUGGGAUACCUGGAACACAUUUGCCAACUGAUAGAGAAGAUUGGGCAGCUGCAGGAGCACAACCUGCGGCUCCAGAAACAGGUCUGCAGCUUGCAGAAAGCGCACAAGAUGAGCCAGCUAAAAGAGGAGUACCUCAUGCAGCAUUGCUCCUGCGGAGCUGCCAGCGUGUUCCUCAACUCGUACCAAGACGUGAAGACAUUUUUCGCGGGGAGGAGCAGACCUCACAGCCUCUUGGUUCAGACGGGAAACCCUUCUGAUCUUUCCAUCAUCCCAGAAAUAGGAGCCAACACCGAAAAGCUGAGUGGCUGCAGCGGAAGUGAGAGAUACCCGGAAUCAGGAAACAGCCAGCCAAUGUCGGGGCUCAGGAAGCUGUCAAACAAUAGGAACAACAAGGAGAAUGAGUUCACAGAAGCUGGUAGCAUGGCUGAGGGGCAGGCUUUUCCGUCAAAGGACCCUGCAGCAAGAAAGGGUCUGGACACCAGCAAGAACUGCUCGGGUGAGAGCCAUGCCUGGGGGAGAAUGAGAGAUCUCAUGAGGAAGACACGGCUGAGAAACCAGAGCAAGCUGGGGCUGUCCUCCGCUGCUCUGAAGAGGUCGUGCCCACAGUUGUACAGGCCAGAUAUUACGACUUCAGAGCUGAGGAAAACUGAGAGGAACUCCAUGAUCGUUCUGGGGCAAAACAUGAAGAAUGAAAACAUAUGGCCUUUCUGAUAACCUGAAUCAACCGGAACAAGGUAAAAUAGAAAGGAGAAGUGAGAGCAGCAAUGGACACAAAAUUGAAAAGCCCAGGGUUGUUUUGUGCACCAUGCAUCCUCCAGCUGUUGACAGAGCAACUCUGGCUUGAGCACUGAAAGGGAAAGAUGGAAGGGGGAGGUGAAGAAAGGUCCGAGGACAGACACGUGCUCAGCUACAUAUGACUUUGCUCCUGAAACUGAAGUAUACACAGAAUCAAGCUGCAGCCCACAUCUUGGCAGUAUAACCAAGAGAGACUUUCAAAUAAGAUUUGGUAACUGUUCCUCCUAUCUGGUUUCAGAACAGAACUACCCAAACCAAUGAAGCUUUUAAGUUGUCAUUGCUUUGUGGGGACCACCUCCAGCUGAAAUAAACUUAAGCCUCACAGGAGACAGCAGCAUCCUGAGGGGGUGAGGGGCUCCUUGCUGGGUGCUGCAGGGAUGGGCAGCUACAUUCCUAUGGGGGUUUGACUUGCUGUCUGCUUGUCCCCAGCAGAGCUCCUUCCUUCAGGGCAGCAUCCUGCCAUCUCUGCAGUUUUACUCAACUCCAACAGGAAAAAAAAUGGUGUAAAUUUUUUCUCUCCAUGUCCAUUCCCAAAUCCACCACCAACUUCAACGGGUCUGCACCUUCUGCAGACUCCCCUUGAAUUCAGCAGCAGCCUGUGCAGAAGUCAUUAGAGUGAGUGGCUCUGCAGGAACAGGCCUUCUGAGAGAUAGGAAGGCACACCAAGGGCAGCACCUCACCCACCAGGCAGCCCAGCUCCCUGGCAGGCUGAGAUACUCAUCUUCUGAAAGAGCAGAGCUGCAAGGAUGAGUAAUUCAAAUAUAUACAUCCUCUAUAAUCCAUGUCUUUUUUCCCCAGGGCUGUUCUUUUGGGUGUGCUAAAUUCUGUGUAAUGCUGUGGCCCUGCUUAGGGGCUGCCUUACUGCUGCGUGUCCACUGUUCUCAGACUCAGAGGACAGAGAGCAACUUCUUCUGAAGGUCCUCUGGGUGCAGUGAUCUCUGCUCACUAGCUCUUACUGGUAGUAACACAAGAAUUCAUGCAUGUGGAGUAAAGUCUUAAGCAAAUAAACCAGCUUUGCCUCUUAUUAUAAGGGUAUUCUACUGCCCUAAAGUUACAAUGUAAUUGCAAAUCAGAAAAUUACAUUUUAAAUCAUUGCUUUUUAAAAUUCCUUAAAAUCCAUUCUUGCCUGUGAAUAGAGAUUUGAGAUACUGGCAGGAAUGGAUCAGUUUCAAACUUAGCCUUUCAGUAGCAGGUGCUUCCCUUUGCUCACUCAAAUCAUCUGGAGCCCUUGAAGUCCUCAAAGCCAGAGCAGGAUGUGAGAUGCAGAGUACCCCAGCCCCCAGAAGGCUAGUCUGAUCCCAGUUCUAAUAGCAGGCAGUAACACAAGGCAAAGAGCUGCUGCUCACUGGAAAAAACAAGUCACCCUUGCUAAGCACACCUGCAGUUCACAGGUGAAGUUCAUUGUGAUUGUUGUUACUUAUCUCAAAAACAAACAUACAAACAGGUCCAUGCUGACUCAAAGUUAGCACCCUAAAAAAAGGUGCUGCAUUUAAUAUUUCAGUUGUCAUUAGUUGUAGCUGCUGUUGUGAGACUUGGUUAUUCACUGUAUAUCUUGCUAGCUUCACCCAAAGCUAGAAAGAUUUAUAACUUGAUUAUUCUGUGAAUAGUCUGUAUAACUCCAUAACUGCAGGGGGCUGAAAAUCUUGCUUUAACUUACACCCUCCUUUAUCUCCCCAGCUUUACAGAGGCCAUGAGGAAUGUGAAUCAGUGCAGAACUGGACUUAGUUUUUUUUAAGACAGUCAUGGACUGGUAUUUCCCCAUUCCCCCACCCCCUUAUUUCAGUUUUUUUAAAUAAUAUGAACUAGCACUCUAAUUACAGCAUUAUAGGAAAUAUAUUCAUGUAUUUUCAGAAAUAUUUAUAACAUGUAACAUACUGUAUAGUUCUCCACUCUGAAAUAUGCUUGUAUUAUGAUGUAAGAAGUUUAAUAAUAAAAAGCACCACUUACA